GUGUCUGCGAUCAUUGAUAAAAGACCAUAUCAGUCUCCCCAGCCUUCGUCCGUGAGAGUCCUACACAGAUCGCUCCACGUAUCUGUUGCUCCACCUGAAUAGACCUCAACCACGGCCUCACACUUUGCAGUCGCAACAACAAACACAUCCGCCAAACCGGCUCCCAUCCCACGCAUAUCUGCCCAAACACACGUGGAAGAGCCUACACCGUCCCUGGGCCUGCGCGCAAGGAGUACGCAUGACUCGUGGCACCCCUCCAGCAUUCCUCGCCUCAGCGUAGUCUGACCUUCUCUGAAAAGACCGACCUUCUCCUCCGACCUUCGAAUCUUACACGACUCGCCUUCGAUCUCGACUUAGCCUCUUGACAACCGACGCCGAGUCUGACAUGAGCACGGCCUUUCCUCGACAAGCUGCAAACACUGAAGGACUGUGGAAUGAUCAUGAUCAACCUCCGAAUAUGAAUAGGGGUCAUUCGAACAGUCUGUCAUCGGCACAAAUGCCUGGGUCCACGAUCCAAGGACAGAAUCGAGCGCGCAACGGUUUUGGCGCAAAUGGUGAAAAGGCUGUUCCCGUGCCUGGAUAUGGAAAUGGGGUAGACAGAAAGAGCAGCAUCGGAGGAUCCGGAGGCGCAUCAUUAUUCGACAUGGCAAGGAGCCCUCCAAAUGCCUCAAACAAGAACACCAAGCAUGUCCCAUGCAAGUUCUUCCGGCAGGGUGCCUGUCAAGCAGGCAACGCAUGCCCAUUCUCACACUCCCUCGACCCAAUGAGCCACCAAGCGCCAUGCAAAUACUUUAUGAAGGGGAACUGCAAAUUCGGCGCCAAAUGUGCUCUGGCCCACUACCUUCCCGACGGACGACGUGUCAACCGAGCAGAUCUUGACGUCGGCUUAGCAAUGGCUAAUCGCAACUAUACUUACUCGAACCGAGAACAACAAUCCUUCCCAUCUCAGGAUGCAGCAGAGUCGAUGCUGAACCAGCAACCUUACAAUGCAGAUUACUUCCCCAAUCAAGGAUUCCCACUCAUGGACAGCGAUGAGCCCGAUGCAUUCCAGGACCGAUACAAUCAAUACCAGACUGCUUCUGCCCUCGAUUCGGGUUUGAACUCCCCUCCAACCUCACAGUUCGGCUCACCUCCGAACGACUACCAAUUCCCGAAGUCGCCGGUCGACAACCUCCGAACCGCACUCAAUGCUCCCCUCCCACACUCUUUCGAUGCCAAUGGCAUUUCUCAUAUCGCACAAUAUGGACCUCUAGGGCAGUCUGUACCCGACAAGUUUGGUUUACGGUCCCCCGCAUCAUCUUCCCUUUCCCGACAACUUGGAAGUCCUCCUGAAUCCAUAGUCAAUGUAAGAAACGCCAAUCUUGGUUCGAAUCUUCGCAAUGCAUCACCGCUUGGAGUGUCUCCGCAGAACACGGAAGACUCGAUCAGCCAGAGGAUAAUGCACUCACAACGACCGAUCAAGAUGAGAGGUUUGUCGGCCAGUGUCCCUCGCUCAAACUUGUAUCACGAGUGGGAAGAAAACCUUGGGAGUGAAACCGACUUGUUGCCCAAUAGCCUGCACGACGAAGUUCUUACACCGCAAGAAAAGAUGAGGCGAAUGUCACGACCUGAGCAAGAUCUCGGCACGAAGGAUCACGCACGCGGUCUUGCGAUACCAAGUGGCACCUCUUCCACCUCGGUAGGGUCACCGCCGACGGGGAGUCCAUCGAGGUUCAGUGCUUUAUGGGCAGAGCAACGUGAAAAGAAGGCCGCAGAAAACACUAUCCCAAGUAUUGGCCAUGUCGGUUCACCUCUCCGUGGCUCUUGGAUGCCACAAGAAUCCUCGCGACCGAAUGCGCAAGCCUCUGGAAUAUCGCAAGCCAUGGCAAGGAUGCAACUGGACCGUACAGAGUCUGGCGAAUCGAAUGGUGGCAGGGGAAGUGGGCUAAGACAUUCUUCUGCACCCAUCGGCCGUUUGGACCGUGGCAUAGCUAGUCCUGGCUUGAGCUCCAAGAAGAUUGACGAAGAAGUUGAAGGUGUUUUCUUCCCCAUGGAUGGAGACGACAGGGGUUCGGGUUGGAUUGGCCAGUCACCCAGAUUGGCACCGGUGCAGGAGAGGCCUGAUGGAGGAUAUCCUUCGGGCAAAGGCGACAACAUGUGGGCCUUCCGGUCAUGAAUGAACUGUAUUCUGAUGGUCACACGAAACACAGGGACUGACGACUCACGAACGGCGUCUAAAAUUGUACAGCUUUCCAUCAUCAUCAUCAUCGCCCCCCCCCCGCCGUUCAGGAUACGCAUUGCUCAACGACUAAAGAGAAUAAAAAUGCAUACAUAUUAGCCUGGCACUGGAGUUUGCUUUCAGCAUUAACAGGACGGGAUGGUUGGGAAGAAAUCAACUUACGGACGAAGGUUUUAAGCUCUAAUACUCGGUUGCCAUGCGGGCGGGAAAUUGUCCUAUGCCAUAGAUAUACAGCACCUGAGACAUUUCCUCUAGUAGUAUCCAGUCUCGA